UUGACCGGGGGAGGAGGGACCAGCGUUUGUCACGGUUUUACGACAGUGCUACACCAUUUCCGGCACAAACACAUGAACGCCUGAGUGACAAAAACAUGAGAGGUCAAAAGUUAUGGUCCUAAUAUAUAACAGAAACGGAACAUAACACACAGACAUGGCCAGUUCCAUGGUGGCAGCGGGACUGGCUCUGGCAGCAGCUGGAUUUGCAGGUCGCUAUGCCAUGCAGGCCAUGAAGCAGAUGGAGCCUCAGAUGAAACAAGCCCUUCAGAGCUUCCCCAAGACAGCUUUUGGAGGAGGGUACUAUAGAGGUGGAUUUGAUCCAAAGAUGAACAAGAGAGAAGCUUGUCUGGUUUUAGGUGUCAGUCCCACAGCUAACAAGAAUAAGAUCAGAGAAGCCCACAGAAAACUGAUGAUCCUGAACCAUCCAGAUAGAGGUGGAUCACCCUACCUAGCAGCAAAGAUAAAUGAAGCGAAGGAUCUCAUGGACGGCCAGAUAAAGAAAUAGAAGUGAAGACACUGGUGAUGACAUAAAUGGGAUUUCACAUUUGCUGUUGCUCUGACUGACUUGAGCGAUUAUCUGACUUUUCAAACUGAUUCUUCUCAAAUAAAAUCACUCUGUACACAUUGUUAA